AUGAUACCGAGGAGGCUGCCAAGGAGCAGGACAUGGAAGAGAGCAUUUAGCAGCACGUCUGUGAGAAGAGAGAUCCUGGAUGUAGAAGCUCUGCCGGAUAGAAUUAUCCCGAGAUAUCAAGAAUCGCAGACAAGUGACUUACUCUCUCUGAUAUGGCCCUCCCCUCCACGAAACGUCCUCAUAAUAAAGAAAAAAAGAGCACCGCAAGUGACGGAGUCCUUACUGGAAUACGCAAAGCACAUCCAUUCGAACUACGAGAAUGUCUCCUUCAUAUUCGAACCAGCAGUUGCUGCACAAAUUCACAAACAAUUUUCCUUCCCUAUAUAUACAACCAGCACGGCCGGUGAUCUUGCGACAAAAGUCGAUAUGACCACAACCCUUGGUGGCGAUGGGACAAUCCUCCAUGCUUCCUCCCUUUUCAGUACAGAACGACAUGUUCCUCCGAUCCUCUCUUUCAGCAUGGGCACAUUGGGAUUUCUUGGGGAAUGGAAAUUCUCCGAAUACAAACGAGCGUUCAGGGAAGUCUACAUGUCUGGUGCAAGAGCUGGAUCACCCCUUCUCCAGGACCAAAAGCAUCCACAUCUGGAGAACAUUAUCCCAGAAUUGAGCGACGUUGUCACGGGCUGGUCGAGCAUCAGAGGGAAAUCUAUGGGUCCGUCGAGAAGCUCGAAGAUCCUGCUACGGAAUCGACUGAAGGUCGGAGUCUUUGAUGCAAAUGGAAAUCGAGUGAUUGGAGAUAAUACCACCCAAAGCGCAUUGGGAGAUGUUCACGCAAUGAAUGAAGUUAUCAUACACAGAGGAAAAGAGGCACAUUUGGCAAUCAUCGAGGUCUACGUCGGAGGCCGAUUCUUGACAGAGGCUGUCGCGGACGGAAUGAUUAUAUCCACUCCGACUGGCAGCACCGCUUACAGUUUGAGCUCAGGUGGCAGCAUCAUCCACCCACUAGUCAGCAGUCUCAUGUUGACGCCCAUCUGCCCAAGAAGUCUUUCUUUCCGACCUCUAGUCCUACCAGCCAACACGCCGAUCACUCUACGGUUAAGCGAGAAGAACCGAGGCAGAGAGUUAGAGGUCAGUAUCGACGGGCGAAGACGUAGCAUUGGGGUUGGCGUGGGAAUGGAAGUACGCGCCAACGGUGAAGACAUUGUCAAAGGAAAAGAAUGGAUUGGAGGAGUCCCCUGCAUAAUGCGCGGCACGAAAGGUGGAAAUGAUGACGAUGAUGGAUGGGUGGGAGGACUAAAUGGUCUGUUGAAGUUCAACCAUCCGUUCGGCGGCAACGAGUAA